CCCCCCUCCCUCCCUCCCUGGUCCCUCCCGCCGCCUUCAGUCUCCGGCCGCCUUCUAUGCUCGCCUCCCCGAUCCCCCUCCUCGUUUCAUUUGCCUGAUCGAAAGCCCGGCAAAGGGUGGAUUUUCCUCGGCCGGAGCCCACCCAGCGCCCUCAAGAUGAGGUCAAAGAAAGCUCCCUUUCCCGAUCGGAGAUGGGGUCGGUGCUGGGAGUAAAGAUCCUCGGCCGCCCUGGCUGCAACACACACACACACACACACACACACAUAUAUACAUACACACACACACACACACACACACACCCCAUCUUUUUCUCCUGCCCAGCCUAGCACUGGAUGGCAGAAAAAGCAAACUCAACUCGCUUAUCCAGAGGGGGCAAAAAAAUAAAAAAUAAAAAUCGUCUUGAGGAGAAGCAAAUGAAAUGAGGCAUCCUGUGGCUCCUGGAAACAGCUAAGAGCAUCGUCCAACUGCAAGGAAUUUGCCAAAGCACAGACAUUUGUUUGUAACCGUCUGCUCUCCUCCAACUAGGAAUUCCUGAUGGGUCUCAGAGCCAAGUGAUUUCCCUUGGAGGCAAGAGGCAAGGUGAACUUUCCCCAGAAGACAUGGAAGUGAAGGGGCAGCUGAUAAAUUCAUCCAGCUACAGCUCUUCAGAAGCUCUGCAGCGAGAGCUCUGUCCUCGAAUUCGGCUAGAGCGGGUCCAAGAACUCUUGGAAAAGCAGAAGUCUCUCCAGCAGGUGCUCAGCCUGCGCCUGAAGGAGCUGCGGCGAGUUUGCCUGCAGGAAGCGGAAUUGACAGGAAAAUUACCCCCAGAAUAUCCUCUGGAACCCGGAGAAAGGCUGUGGCCAGUGAGGAGGAGAACAAUAGUGGCCUCCCGAAUUGCCCCUGUCUUGAAGAAUGAGGAAAACCCUUCGCUGGAGGAGCUGAGCCAGGAGCUGGCCCUGCAGCAGCAAGUGGCUGAGGCUGCCCGACGGCUAGCCGUUGCCCCUGACUUAACAGUUGAUCAGCGCCGCCGCCGGCGGCAGGUUCAGGCGGAUGCUGCCCAGCGUCUGCGGGAGCUGGAAGUGCAGGUAGCAGAAUGCCGGGUGCGGCUGGGCAAAGGACCCCUCCAGAGAGCUGCUCCCGAAGAGGCAUUUCACUCGGAGAGCAGCUCCCUCUCUGAAUCAGCCAGCCAUGAAAAUGAUGACCCUCGCAGCUUCCAUCCUUCCAAAGUCUCCAGCCACCCGGGAGCUUUCCCAGACAGAUCCUCACCUCCCAAGGCCCGAGAUCACCUACGUGCCAUCUCCAGCAGUCCUGACCGCCGACCAGGCUGGCGAAUUUUGCAGCCGGAUGUGUACAGUGAGGCCAAGGACCGCAGGAACUCUGUUGCCAGCCCAACCAGCCCCAAUCGCACCCUCCCCAGAAGCAUGUCCAGUUUUGAGGGCCGGAGCGUCCCAGCAACUCCUGUGUUGGCAAGAAAUGCGUGCAGUGGAAAUCACCAGUUAAGGUCAGAGGCCCCAUCUCUCCACUCCCGCCAGUGGUCAGGCAGCCACGAUUCCCAGCUUGGCCCUCCCAGCCGGGACACCAGUGCUGACAGAGCUUCCCUCUUUGCUGCUCGGACCCGUCGAAGCAACAGCUCCGAGGCCUUGAUUGAACGGGCCCCUUCAGAAGACCCCCUCCUGCCCACUGCCCCUCCGUUUAAGAGUGCUGAGGCCCUGACCCCUUGCCUCUCUGGCCGGACCCCUCGCCCACCUUACAACGAUCUCCUCUUGGACUAUUACCUAGAACGCCGGAGCUGUGGCGGUGGUGAGCAUUUGUCUCGCAGGGACGGCCCCCCACAUCUGGAGUGGGGAGCCUUUUCUGAAAGCCCGCUUCAGCGCCGAGCCCGACCCGCUGCCCGCACUAAAUCCUGCGGGCCGCUGCUGCCCCCGCAGUCCCGCGAGGUUGGCUAUGGACCCCCCUUACUUCCUCCACGCAACUUCCACAAAGCCCUUGCCCUGGAGGGGCUCCGGGACUGGUACUUACGCAACGCUGGAGUUACCCAACGCGGGGCACCAGAGAGACGAGGACCAUCUCAGUCUGUACAGCAGCACCUGCGAGGCUACUGUGAUCCGGGACCCUCCAACCCCGACGUGGGGUAUUACGGGGGGCCAGUAAUAGGAGGUGGACUGCCUCACUCUGUGAGCUAUGCCGGGCAGCCACUCUAUGGCAGGUAUGCAGCCCGUUUUUUCCCUUUGCCGUGACAAGCUCAGCAGCCCCUCCCCUCUCCCCCUCCCCUCGCUUGCCUAAGGCCAACCCUGCGCCUCUUCCCUCCGCUCUCCCCCUCUUUCUUUGGCUUCCCCCCCGCUUUUUCAAAACAACUGGCGCUUCUCUGGCUGCGAAUUCUAAACUGUUGGAAAGGCCUGCCUGUGAGGAAGAGGAGGAAAAGGAAGGAGGCAGGUAUCCCUUACACAGCAGCUUUCCCCGACUCACCACCCCUUUGCUGGCUGGGGACAAUGGGAGUUAAA